CCCCCCCCCUCCCUCCCCGAAUCGCCGCUCGAGCGAGCGAGGGCGGUCCGCAUGGCAGCCUAGCCGCGGCCUGGCCUCCAGCGCUUGCUGCGACGAGCCGCCCGCGGCGGGUCUCUGGGGCUGCCCGCCGCGGCCGCCCGCGGCGAUGAAGCGCUCGUCCUCCGCGGAGGGGGUCCGCCGCGACAGCGAGCUCCAGACGGACACCCCGCUGGCGAAUCCCGUCUUCUUCUCCGACGUCCCCAGCUUCCUGCAGCGCCAGAGGGCGCGCGCCGCGCGGGCGCUCGCCAGCGAGCACACGUUCACCGUGACGUGCCCGUGCCCGAAGUGCGACGCGGAGGCGCGCAGGAGGGCCGACGAGCAGCCCUGGCGCUCCUGGCGCGCCACGCAGCAGCAGAAGGCGUCCGCGCAUGCGACCACCUCGGUGGCCUCCAUGGCCUCGGAGCGCACCGGGGACCAGCGAGUCGGAUGCGGGGCGGAGCGAGACUUCGUCUGGCUGCUGCGGGUGGUGCAGGACCGACGUGUGUGGGACUCCUCGUGCGGGCGCGCCCACGUCUGGCCCCCCGGAGGGCACCCCACCAGACCGAAGGCAUUGGAGCGACGUGUUCGGCACGGGCGCGGCGAAGGCGUUCCAGCCGUCGGCGCCCUCGACCCACUGGCUGAAGCGCGAGCUGGGGGUGAAGAUCCCCGAGACCGUGAUUCUGGAGAUCAAGGGCAAGCCGAAGAGGCGCUACCACAUGGACUCCGAGGGGCUCCUGCAGGCGGCCUCCAUGAAGACGUCGGCGGAGCUCCUGCGCGUGCUUCGCGACUUCGUGCGCAGGGCCGGGCGGCCCCGUCUGCCCGCCGCGGGUGGUGCGGAGAGCCCCCGCGCCUGCGCAGGGCGUCCAGGGCAGGCUUCCCAGCGGCCGCUGGGCUGCCCCGCGCCAGGUCGGAGGGGCGCCUCAGGAGAGCUGUUCGACCGGGUCGGGCCUCGCCCAUGUCGCAGCCGACGGCGCGCCGUGCGGGCUGGGCCGGGCGCCGGCUCCGCUGACCGACGCCGCGGUGCUCAAUUAUGUCGACGGCACCGUGCGCCUGAUGAGCACCGCGGAGGCGCAGGUGCAGAUGAAGGACGCUGGGAAGCUGCCGCGGGAGUUCUGGCAGCACAUCCGGAGCCUGCAGGUCCCGGUGCAGAGCGCGCAGGCCGGGGUGCCCACGCGCUACGUCACGUACGCCUUCGACGCGCGGAGUGCCGCGUGCGAGCCGCAGCAGCCGCUGCCUCUGAGAGCCACCUGCGCCACCCGGGGCAUUCCCAGGGCCGGCAGCACGAUCUGGACUCGAGCAGCACUACGGAAGCGAGCAUCACAGCCAGCGAAGGCCGUUACACCACGCUGUCCACAACCACCUGGCCUCCAAGCAGCACGUCGUUCACCACGGCGGAGCUAAGCAUGGCGUGGCAUCGCAACACUACGGAAUCAAGCAGCCCCACGAUGUCGUUCAUGAAUGUGUCGAGCACCUCGCGGCUGACCAGCAGCACUGCAAUGAGCAGCACCACGUUGUCAGCAAAUGCACGCCACGACGAGGUCGAGCAUGACGCUCCCGUCCAGAACUCCCGCAUCGAACAGUACCACGGCGCCGACUACGACUGCGUCGAGCACCUCUCGCCCCGCCGCCGCCUGGACGCUGGACCUCUGCAGGACUCUGCGAGCGCCUUGCCCGACCUCGCCCUGCCGCACGCCUCCGCGAGACUCGACGCGGCGGUCACCUUCUGCGUCGAGACCUGCGCCGACAGCAGGCCCUCCCAGAUCUAUGGGACAUCGCGCUGCACGACGGCAUCGCCGUGGCUAGCGUUCCUGGCGCCUGCACGCCCCUCGCCCGCGCUGGACGGCGCUGGAGCUGCGCUGGGGCUGCUACUCGGUUCCCUUCAGGACCAUACCGUCAAGUUGGCCGGCGUCCUCGAGGCCGACGCUCUCCUCGUCUACAGCUCCCGCGUGGGGAUUUUCGUCGCCUGCGACAUCGGGAUCGUCGCAUUCGGCACGCCCAUGGUGGACCUGGCCGUCGUAGUGCCGUGCGCCGCCCAGAGCCACGACGCGAUCGGUUUCGUCGCGCACUCCGUUGGGACACGCGUCUGCCAUCGUGCCGACUACGACGACUCCCGCGGCGUCCUGAGACCUGGAUGGCACGUCCUGGCGGCGGCGACGUCGGCGAUGCACGAGCGAGCAGCGGACAGCAGCGGCGGCGGCGAGCGGAGGUCGGCGGCGGCGGCGGACCUCGGAGGCGACGAGGCUGCCGCAGGCGGCUUCGAUGACAGCACGCCUUCGCGCUCCAGCAGAAGGAAGCACAAGCGGGACAAGCACAAGCCCGACACGGGAAGCGACCCGCGGCCGCCCGCUGGGGCGCCGAAGUCCAACAUGGAGGUGCUGAAGGAGCUGCGGGUCCUGGGCAUCUCCGCCGAGACCGGGUAUAGGACCGCCGACAUAGUCGCCGCCAUCUCCCAGUGCGAGGGCAGCACCCCGAGGGCCGUGAAGCUGCUCUGGGCCCGCUGCCCAGAGCGCAGGCCAACGGCAGGCGUGCCAGAUGCCCAGCCGCAGCCGGCGGCUGGCCGGGCCGAGCCGAGCGCCGCCGCCGCCGCGCGGCCCCCAGGGGGCGAGGACGCGGCCUGCGACGCCGGCCACGGCGUCGCCGGCAGGAAGUUCUUCGAGAAGGCCGGAGGGGGCGACGCGCGCUGGAAGGUCCUGCAGGGUCGGUCGUGGCCCGGCCGUGCCGCCUAG